AGGAGCAGAUGUGCAUCGUAGUUAUUGUGGAACCCAAACACUGGCGCUUAAUAAUGGAAGUAUAUGUGACAGCGAUACACACGGUAAUGAAAACAUGUCGGCCUCAACAGAUAGCCUGAAAGAUAGGAAUAGAGAUGGAAUAGACACAUGCUUUCAUAUUGCUACGGACAGUCCAGUCUGUAGGCGUACAGAUAUAGGGAAGCAUGCUAGUACAAUAAAGGCGGCAACAGAAAGCCAGUACGGGGGUCCUGUGGAAUCUUCAGCCAAUUUAAAUAAAUUGAGUGUAACUGAAGAACUGAGUAAGACUACGGACGUUCACGAGAGCGCUAAAGCAGAUGUACCCUACCAUAGGCGAUCUAUCUCAUCAUUAAUUAACGAUCUGCCACAGUCUAGAGGUGCACUUAAAAGAUUUUACGAGGAGAAUGUUGAGGAUAGGUCACCAUCGUUGAUACCCUGGCGUACUUUCAGUUUCCCAGACCUUUGCACUGACGAGAACUCAAGUAUGUUGUCAACUGGCGGCGACCCCCAGAAAGGAAUCAUUAAAAGUGCAACAUGCGACGAGAACUUAGGAAAGUGUGGGACAAUAAGGUCAUCUUCGAGUCAACAAUCGCUAGCUAAACAAAAGUCACAAAAAGCAGGAAACGUAAGAUUUCACAAUUUCUAUAGAAAUGAAAGUCUUCCGAGGAGAUUAAUUCAGAGUUACCGCGUACGUGAUACAGACGAGUUCGUAAAGGCUAAUGACACUUGUGUGGCCAUCACACAACCGUCUGAACUUCUGAAUGAAGUGGGAGGAAAAGUGGAAGUGUGUAAUCAAAGACACGUGAAGGAUUACACGAGUAUUGAAGUGGUAGACACACGGAGAGAACAGGAAGUGAUAACAAGUUCCAAGUCAGGUGGUACAGGUAAAAGCAGUUCAAAACUGCCCCGUCAUAUAUCACCUCUACCUCAUAGCGCACACCACGGCAAUACUGAUAGAGGGACAAGUUCGUCUAACGUUGACUAUAAACACACUGAGACAGGUAGACUUAGCACUGGUGAUAAACUCACGGGGACAGGUAGGUCUAACACUGACGAGCAGCACUCUGUUCCACAAGGGGACGACGACCAGGCAGCGAGUGCAGUGAAUGUGCAGACCGGUGUCAGUACUAGUGUAUGGCGACCUGGUGUGACGACCUCCAACACGCGGCCUUUAGCCAGCGCUAAUGAAGCGUGUACCGUUACGACAGUUCCUAAUAGCGGUGAUAAUUUCCGUCUGAUUGAAAAUAAUGGCAAGCCUUUGUGUGGGGAGUUAAAAGGUGUAUUGUCUGGUGUAAGAGGAGAGGACACCAGAGCUGCUAGUAUAGUGUUGUCGUGUACACAACAGGAAAAUACAGGCAACUCUGUCAAAAUCGGUGAAAAUAGCACUUCUGUAUUUCCACGACGGAGCAGGAUUGAUAGAGGUGUCACCGGACGUACCCGUGCUUCUAAUGAAGUCACACCAUUGAUUGAAGUCAAUAACAGGGAUACUAGUGUUAAAGAUAUAUCCUGCGACUUACCGACUACGGAGUCUUCUGGAGUACAAACAGCCAUUAUAUUACCAACAUCCAUAAAAUCAUUAAACUUACUGGAGAAAGAAAAGGAAAGUAGGAAAAGUUCUACAACAAGAAGAGCCGUGUUUAAUUUGCCUGGUAAAAGGAAGUAUUCGUAUGUGUUGACCAGUGAGGAACAAACAGGGAAUGUACGUACUAGAGAUAGUGGGAGUAUCAGUGGAGAGUGUACAGGAGACCAAACAACCUGCGACGGUAUAAUUAGCUCGGAUGAUCUUGUUAGACCUUGUGAGGCAAUAUCAUCUGGUAUCGAUAAUAACGAGGAACACGAGACAGAUGUAAACCAGGCCGUUCUCCGGAGUAACCCCUCCGACAGCCAACAAGGUGAGCUUGGGGCUGGCUUACUCCCUGACAAAAGUACAGAUGACUAUCACACGAUACCCGGGCAGACGACAGCCGAACUGACACGUGACCCACUUCAUGAUGUCACCCGGGUGAAGAUGAACAACAAAUCUCUUUCAAAAUAUUCAUCACUUAAGACGAAGCACACAUCCGGUGGUAACGAACACACGGCAAUACAUUCCACAGUGCUGCAAGGAAAAACAGAACCAUUUGCAUCAAAAACGCUUUCGAAAAGAACAAAACUUCCAACUAGUGCUGUAAUAGCUAAAACAAAUUCUGCUGUAGCACAAGUUAAAUCUGAUUCAAAUUCAUCUGCAUCAUCUCAACAGACCAAACACCAAGUAGCAAUUAAGGCAACAAAGCGUGUGGGAAAUGUGAUACCGAACCCUGAACCCGGUGUGCAAGUGAAAUUACGUUCUGGUGUAGGAAAAGAUACUGGGAAGAUUUCACGAGACGAAAAACGCAUUCCUAUCAGACGAAAUGAUAAGCUUGCUCAUCCAGAUUAUGCAAAGAGGUGCAAAACGUUUGUAAAUGAACAAGAAAGUGUUCGUACGGCUGUAGUGAAUUCCGGAACAACACGGGCCAAUGUUUCUUCAAGACAUAGUAUAACAGUUGUGAGUGACAAAAAUAUAUCACCUACUACAUCAAACAGAGCCGGUAAUUUGUCUUCCAUCGUCCCGGCAGAUGUAAAGAAAAGUGAAGUAGGAAAUGUUACUGAGAACAAUACAAAGUUUUUAUCAGGAGAUAAAGAUGAAAAUAAAACCCCACAAAUCACAACAGGGGGUGUUAUUACGACUGGCAAUCAAAUUUCCGAUAUAUCUCAAAGGAAAGGAAUCAGAGUAGAGAAAAGUUGUACUCCCGCCAAAAAGAUAUCGUCUGCUGAUAAUAAGAGCAGUUUGGAGACUUCUUCAACUUUCAAUGAAAUUACACAGCCAGCCGAUCGUUUUGGACGCGUGGAAACCAAAUCAAUAUCACAAGAGCUGGAUAUACCGCUAGGAAGUUUGGAAUAUUGUUUCUCGGACGGCACGAAUCUAUCGGUGACAGAAAAUACCUCGGACGAGGGUUCAUCUCUGUUGUCUCACCAAACAGAUGGUAUACCUAACGUGUGCUUGGGUGCUGCCGUGCUCUCUGGCGGAGGUGAAGUAUGUACGGGCCAAUUACCCGGGAUUAACGCACCGACAACGGGGAUUAAUUUAGUGACAGAUACUGAUGAAGUGGAGAGGAAUGAGGAUGUGUCCGUGUCGUGUAAGUACAACACUUACUGUGUAACAAAAUACCAGAAUAACGAUAUCGGUAGUCAUGUCUCGAGUAAUGCCGAGUUACUUCAACACAGCGUUCAAUACGAAGGAACGGAUCAAUCAGUGGGUUAUCGGCAGGAAUUCAUUCUCACACGAGACGUGGAAAACGAUGUUUUACACAAACCAACUGUCGGGAUAGAUAAACUGAAACGUGAUGGGGGAUUUCUCGGUGACAUGUCUCACCACCCCAAUGUGGCCGGGUGCCAACACAUAUGUGAUUGUGAUAAAACCAUCAAUAGUGGGCAGGUUUGUAAUGAACGUACCACAGAUGAUACACGUGUGAACACCACCGUCUCUGAUACACACGUUAUGUCAGAGAAUAAUGGUUGUGGUGGAGAGUCAAGGACGUGUAAGACAGACACCGGUGACAAUGCUGAUGAGAGCAUUUUAGAAGACGAGGCUCCAAUGACAAGUAAUGUCAUAACAAACGAUGAUGAAAGUCGUAUUGAAAAGCACGACCCCACAACAGGAUUGAACAACGUUCCUAUUAAAAAUAGGUCUGACAAGAAUACAAGUGAUCACGACUCAAUGUAUCAUUCAGGUACUAACGUUACAGACGAUGUGACAGACCAAAGGUGUGAUAACCACUCAAAUGAUCAAGAUCCAAUGACAUGGAACACCGUUACAGACGAUGAGACCGACCUGUGUGCAGACGAUCAAUCUGAAAGUCAGGCUCCAAUGAGCGACGGUGUUAAGGGAGUAAUGAACAGUUGUGAUGGGGCUAAUAGGUCAGACUCGGAUAUUAACGGUAUGACCGGUGAUUACGUUCCCAGCGUACACAGCUAUGACACCGAGGUUGUCCCCAGGGGGACAGUAUCCACACUUAAUACUGAGCGUGAUAAAAACACGGAUAACGUGACAGGUACCGUGUACAAACCGAGUGAUGAGGACAAAUUGGACCACGGCAUACAAGGUAUGUUACAAUGUACCCCUAUCAGUAGGGGAUCUAAUCCAGAGAAAUCCAGAACCACUGAGCUAUCAGUAAAACAGGAAUUUAAAACAAGCGGGACCGGUUUGAUGAGAUUAAAUUCAAAGGAUGAUAAGCGGAGUGGGUCAGGGAACGCGGAGCACGUAUCAAAAUGUAAACAAGGAGCAAACAAUAAAACUUUCUUCUCAAAAUCGCGAUCUCUUAGUCCACAAACAUGUCCUCGACAAAAUGCGGAAAUGUCAGAUGAAUCAUGUUUGAUAGAAAAAGUCCAAGGAAAUACGUCAGUGACCAACGUAAAAACUAUUAAAAAACCAAGGACUUCAACGCCCAUUAACAGCCGACGUUCUGCAGGAAAACAGAACCUCACAAAUCCCCAAUCAAAUGAUAUAAAACGUAGUAAGAAUUUGUCGGGAAUUACGCCGUCUGCCUCUGGGAAAUAUCCAAAACGUUCUACAAAACUCCAGUCAACAUCCAAAAUUACCAGAGAAAGUUCGGGCGGUCAAAAAUCGAAUUCUGUGGAUGUGUGUAUCAUGGAUAAACACACCAGCGAAUUAUCAAAGGAGAGUUCUAUAAGUAGAGAAUCAUCUCCAUCUCUCUCCGUAUCGAGUGACGGACAACGCUCAAAAAGUUCACGAGACAGUGUUUCCUCAAUUAAUGGGCCAUCUCGAAAAUCAGUUAUCGGGAAGGAAAAGAAGGAGAAUUUGAAUCUAGUAAACAGGCGGACAAAUUAUUCUGACAUUAAUACUACAAGUGAUAAUCCCACACACAACGUCAGACAUCAGACGGACCGCUCAAAACACCGACUCAAGUCACCAGAGGUGAAUGAGUCAAGCCGGAUCAAGGGUCAUGGGACAAGUUUACAAGCUAGAAAAUAUUCAAGUAAUGGACAGACAAUUACAAAGGAUAAAGACAGAGAAGCAUCUAGUGGACUAGGGAACGUAACUCUCAGAACUGGGAAAGGGGAAGCAACAACGGUAGCAAAGCUGGGUUCUGUGACGUCAUUAAAAGAAACUUCGAAAACUUCAAUAGGUGUUAAAACAGAUACUGUACCUAUUAAGAAAUCAAAGGUGAUGGGGUAUGAAAAGAGUACAAAGUCAAAAGAUAAUAAGGUGUUUCAAGUAUCCAACACGAAAAGCGAUCUUGAUAAACCCAUGGACCCCUUGUCAUCAGCAGUACUAAAUGAGCGAAGGGCAUCAGUAUCAUCGCUUACUACCAACAGUAGUGACCUGGGUAAUCGGUGCAUUACACAACCAUCGAGGCCUAAAGUUAAAAGCAAAUCUAAACCUCAGACAGCGUCGGACGUUACGGAAUCAAAAAGGUUAUCGGACAAGCCAUCGCAUAUGAAAAAUAAAUCAUCUAGCACCUCCGCUCUACCCCGACAAAGUUCUCAAUCAAAUAAACAGACAUCAUCAACAGGGAUAACUAGUGUAAUGCAAAAUAGAAAAAGCGCAAUUCCUUCUCUAACACCUACACAAUUAGCUCGCGUGUCCAAACAUCACACCUCGGCUUCCGUGCAAAUUAACAAGCCAACUCGUGUUGGAAUGGCAAGUAGCAAAAUUGGCGUUAAACAACAAAGUGAGCAUGAAUCGCCUCUGACCAUGUCUGUCAAUAAGAUGUCUAAACGUUCAAUCAGCUCAAAGGUGAAAUCGGCGCCAACCAUUCAUAGAAACACAAAGGAAAAAAGCCCAGUAGAGCAGUGCAAACGUUCUCGGUCCAGCACUCCAAGCGAAACGUCCAGUGAGGUGUCCAAUACUGGGAAUAACACAUUACCAAAACCAAAUACCGGAAAGACGUCUACAACAGUGAAAAACAAUGUAUUAUUGAAACCUAGGCACUCGUCCGUCCCUAAACCAACACGUGCUAGCAGUGGCACUCAGAAACGUAACGGAAACCCUGAUAAGACUGGUGAAAAGUGCAAGGAAAUUAAUCGACCAAAUGUCCCUAAAAGUUUAUUAGGUAGUCCUAAAAACAAAAGGGGUUUAGACUAUAGGCACUUAAACGCAAGAACAAAAAUAGAAGUCACUAUGGAUUCUUCUCCAGAGUCGGACAGUUCGCCUACUUUAACCUGCUGUGAUCCCAUUGACAAAUGUGACGGGUCACCAUUAGAGGCGAUGACGUCACUGCCGGUUACGCCCAUGUCACCACGGUUCGUGAGUGCGAGGAGUUCGAUGGGUGGAACACCUUUCACGACCCCACCAGAGGAGUCAAAGUAUUUUGUGUUACAUGAGAAAACAUUGCUGGAAUCAUCUAAGUCGUUAAUAACAAGGGACGGACACUUUGUUGGUGAAGAUGAAAGAGCAUUGUUUGGACCGGGGGAUUUAUUACCCGUUACUUUUAACAACGAAAACAGUGUAGCAUCUGAAAACGAUAAAUCCUCGGAUGUAGACGAUGCUUAUCCACUUACUGCAGUAAAUAUCAGCAGGUGUGAGGUUUCGGGAGAAAAUGUCGGCAUUACGAGACGUGGAUCGAAAACACUUACGAAAGUUUUGAAAAGUGAUAUCACCGAUCAACUUCCACUAUCAGAGGCUUCAAACAUAAAGGAUCCAGCGGCAGGGUGUCGACAAAAUGUAGAUAUUGCAUCUAAUACAGAAUAUGUAGAACAGCUGUCAAUUGGAGGGAAGUCCGAGAUCUCGGUGAUAACGUCGCACAUAGCAACAGAGCCCGUCGCCUUACCACUGCCUGAUGGAGUUGAGGGCGGGAGUGAUACUGGUACGGUGUCUAGUGAUGAUUACUUCUCUAUUAGUGAGGAAGAUGAAGGGGACAAUACAAGUAAAGACAUAAAUGUAUGCGGUGUAUCAGUACCUCACGUCGAUCCUGUUGGCUCGUUAGCCCAGGUCGCUGAACUUGAUACUAAUGUAUUUGAUGGCAACUCUGCACGUACAGUAACGGACGUUACGUGUGAUGAACACGCAUCCCUCGUUGACAAUUAUGGUAUAGACCCAUUCCAACAAUCUAACACUGGAGAAAUAAUACCCAAACAGUCUGGCCCCAACGAGAGAGCCUUAUCUCGAUUUCGUGAUGCCGAAGCCAAGUCUAGUAACACAAAUGAUAGAUUUAUACUGGAAACAAGAAACAAUUGUACCAGUUCGAUACAUUCCGCGGAUAGUGGUGGUGUAAAAAGCCACCAUUCUGAAGAUAAUUUAUUUGCAAACAAAACUCCUUUUGAUUUGAAACCUGAAAACAUUACUCAUCAUCAGAAAUCUGAUCUUGAUAGCAAACCCGUACUUAUAAACAGUCGUGAGCUUGGUAAGAACUGUGUUCCCGAUAAGAACCAAUAUGUGGCUACAGAUUAUGAAGCUGUAGUGCCUGUACAGGCAAAUUUAGGUGAAUAUUUUGAUGAUGGAAAUGAUAAACCCGAGAUGCAAAUAAAUGAUCACAAGGAGGUCGCUCUGGAUAGUAGCGGUAUUAAACGCGGCGGUAGUUCGGACGAAACGGAAGGAGCAUUUACAGGGAUCAUGGAUAGUAUAUCAGACUUAUCAUUCCAAAAUAUUUUGACGAACCAAAAUAACCUGAAUGGGAUACCAACUGUGAGUAAUAUAAAGCCACAGGAACGUUAUGGCCCUAGUCUUUUGACAUUGGAGCACGGUGGAUCGGACGUUCAGGGAAAGGACGGUAUCACGUCAUAUUCUGAUAGAGAUGUAAACAGGACAGACGGCUGUACGUUAGAGUCUGUUACGGACGGCGAAACAACAGGCAUUUUUGAGUUACAGCCUUCAAACUCUAGUGAAGGGACAGACCUAAGUACAUUACAGCUUGUUAAGGACGGUGAAGGGAUCAAUGGUAAAAGGGUACAGCCAGAAAAGAUACGUGUUUCUGGGGAACAUAGGGAACAUGAUGUUAUACGGGAUUAUACCAGUGGUGAAGGGGAGCAUUAUGGUGUCGGUGAGUUAAAUGUGCAAUGGAGAGAUGAGAGAGAUUUAACGGCUGAUCCUAAUGAUUCAAGGAGAAAAGUGGUUUGUGAUUUAGGUGGCGGGGAUGGGGUGUGUGAUUAUGAGACAGAAAGCGAAAUAAUUGGUGAAAUAUCUGAUAGUGAAUCUGAGUCAGAGGAGGGUUUUUGCUCCACACAGUACCAUUCUGAGAGUGGGGAGGAGCAUGGCGAUAUUGCAGAGAUGAAUGGAGAAUUGGGACAUUACAAUCAGAAUAACAUGGCGUCCAGGACCCCUCAAACAGAAACAGCUGUGGCCAUGGAAACAUCAAAUACCAUUUAUAGUCCCAGGAGGAAUUUAUCUUCAAGGAAUGAAGCAACGUGCAUAAGAAAAUAUGAAAUUGUAACUACCACUAUUACACGGCAUAAAAAACGUGAGACAAAAAUUAUCGAAUCGAGCAGUAAGUUAUCGACCGGUGCUGGUAGACUGCACGAAAGGCGGGUCACGGACCCUAAAAAGAAUCUGGUGAAUUCACGUAGCGUCAAGUUUGAAACAUCUAAGGAGAUUAUAUCAACAUCGGAUGUAGACGGGAAAGUAUUUUCUACAGUGAAAAACAGCACAAACACUGAGAUUUUAGGAAAGUUGGGUAGCAGUAGCGAUGCUGCCGUAUCUCCAGCGUCAUCUAAACUUGCUGCAUUAAUGCAAGGAGAAACAAUUACUAUGCCAGAAUGUUUGGAGCGGAGCGGUAGCAUUGAAUCAAUGAACAAAGUGAAACACAGCAUAGACACUCUCGACUCUGGGGACCUACAACCGGCGGUUUCCUGUGGUGAACUAUUGACUGAUGGUGGGUAUGAUAAUACAGUGUCUUUGCUACAAGGCAGCGACGACAAAAAAUACAAAAGUUUGGAAACAAAAACUUUAUCGACGAGUGUCGAAGGAGGUCGACUAUUGAACACUGGGGGUAUACGUAACCCGCCUCCGUCGCCAGUAUUUACCAGGGGUCAAAUAACUAGUGUUAGUGAUGGACAAAGUCCGACCUUGUCACCAAGACUGACCAGGGGCGAUACCAAGAUUUCUGUGAUCAAAUCAAGGAGCAAUACAACCCAAACCUAUAAUCUUGUUAGACGGGGUAAACAGUGUGAUAAUGAUAAUACAAUAUCGGAUAUAUCACUGGCAAUUCAAGCUGGACAAUCGGGCGUAACUACCAGCGUUACGGAGAGGAGACAGACCCAAACAGUACAAUCAACCUAUCAACGUAGACCUUUUUCGCCUAAUUCAAGUUCCGAUACUCUACCCAGCUUUGAAACCGGGAGGGAAUUAAGUGAUAGUGGCACGAAUGCAGACGUCAAGUCCAUUGGAUUAAGUCAGGUAGAUGGCACCAUUGAUACUGGUGUCGACGGACAUUAUCUGACCAAUGAUCAUGCGGUCACUUCUGAUUUGUCUUCAAUAAACAAUACUUCCGAGAACAUAGACAGUAUUUAUGGUAAUGAUACAAGCGAUACCGAUAAAGGGGACCACCGUGGUCCUGAGUCCGCUACGACCACCAUCAUUGACACACCAAAAGUCGCCGUACUGGUCACUAAGGACUUUUCAGACUCCGAUAACGAGUAUCUGUCUGAGUCCAAUGACGCUGAUCAAGCAGAAAAGAAACAUUCACGCGAGGACGAUAAACAAAGUAUAGAAAAUAAAAAUAAAACGUCCAUUAAUAAAGAGGAACCCGAACCUAAGGUGAAGGUCAGUGAUGAGAUUCCGUCCGUCGUUACCGACCCCACUGUCUCCAGUGAGGAGUCAGCCGAGCUAGUGGAGAAUAGUGUUGUAUUUACAAUACCCUUACCGACUAUUGAGUCUGACACAGAGGACCGCACAUCUGGAGGCAAUCAGUCCGGCCUACAACCCGAGGAGACCAUGAUCAAUGAGGUCACAGACAUUACAAAAAGUCAGACAGACAGGGUCGAUGCUUCUGAGAUUACUCAGGACACGACUCUUAAACUCGAUAAAGUACCUGGUGAACCGUCCAUGCUACCUACAACACAAACGAAUGACGCUGUUGUUUCCGAAUUAAAAAAUGUUGCCAAAGAUGAAACGUCGGCAAAAUCGGCCAAGGCUCAAAGACGUGAAAACGCUCGACAGCCUCUAAGGAGAUAUACUGCAACUGUGUGUCUUAUUGAGAGGGACGAAGAAGCUUCUAACGUGCAAAAUAUGUCACCUCCAUCCAGACCACGAGCAAGGAGCAAAAGUCCAGUGGAGCUCAAGAACUCCGGUACUGGACCCGAGAGUCAGCAACAAGUGUCGGUUUUUGGAAAUGGCCGCGUAUCCGAGAUGUGUAGAAGUUUUAUUAAGAAAGCCAGCAAGGGAAAGGUAGCGAGUUUGAACGAAGAACCACCCUCGUCGCCUCUUGUUCAGUCACCGUCUCCAUCGAGGAAAUUAAAAUGGGUGAGGGACUACGGCGUGUGGAAGAAGGUCACGCCAGCCGAAUAUGACAGAAUUAUGGCAUCAAGGUCUUCAGCCAUACCGGAAAUUACGUCAUCAAUGGAGGACUUGAACCAAGGACCGGGAAACCAUACCAUAUCAGCACGUGAAGAACAAGAAAGUCAGCGAACUGAGUGUGUUCAAUCAAAACACAGAGACGAUGCAACGGAUGAAAGCCAAUCUAUCAAAAAUAAAGAUAUUCAUGAUUCCAUUCCUUAUAUCGACAAUACCGCGGACCAAAUCUUAACCGAGGAAGAAGAGAUUACCAAAGAUGUUACUGACACACAAAAUCUAUCAAACAGCAAGCGCAAUGAAAAAACGUUACAGGAGGAACUAGCAGUAGCAGAGGAAACGUUUUCGUUUAAAGACAACCCUUUUAAAAGAGACGAAUGCAAUGAACGUAGGGACUCUCUAAAAGGUACAGGUAAAGACAGUACACGAACGCCUCCGAAAACGUUACCAAAGCCCAAACAUCGUCGGAACAGGACUGACAGCGGACAACAGGACUUACUGCCGGACAAGGAAACCAGGACGACUGGCGUCACACAAGAUGACACAUGUGUGGACGUACAGACGACAGAUAUACUAUGUCCGAGUACAGAGGUUGUCGAACUAGACAGGACGCUGACGGACAUUGAUUCCGUACAAGUCGGGAUUGAGGGACGAGAGGAGGUAGACAAAGUUAGCAAUGAGUCAAUGCCAUCUUUAUCAGAUAAAACCCCAGAAGUUCACGUCCCGAUGAAAUCUCAAGAUAAUAUCAACGACGAAAACGCUGUAGUGGAGAAUGAUAAGGAUAGAGAAAAUUUGUCAAAUAGAUACUCUCCGUCGGAGCGUAAAUCCCAACUACACGACGUUCAAUGUGGCGCAUCCCUAUCUAUGGAUUCACGCAAUGUGUCGGCACAAUCCCAUGUCAACAGCAUGACUGAGGAGGACAGUAAUGACGGUAUUAGAACAACCACCGACACAGAAAAUGGAACCUGCAAUGUAUCAGACUCGCGCUCCUUUGAGAAAUCCACUAUUAAAUUGGAAAAUAGGGUCGAUUCGAAUAGCCCGACCUUAACAGACAACACGUUAUUUAACAGUUCUAGAACGGAUGUCAAAGAGACCGAAAUGGAGAGCGUCAAAGACGACAGCAGUCCGGAACUCGAACGUAUGAGCUUUGCCCAAAAACUAAAAAAGGCUCAAAGUCGUUCCGAGUCCAAAUUGGAAACAAAAGAUGUCACAAGGUCAAAGAGAAAGCAAUUAGAAAUAACGCAUAAGGAAGAUAAAAGGGGAGAUGAUAGCGAGAGCAAUGUUAGUCAUGACGACGAGUCAUGUGAUAGUCCUGUUCAACCCGGCUAUAAACCGAUUGUCCCUAAUUACGUUAUUGGUAGUCCUCAGAAACUACGAGCGAUCCGAAUAAAACAGGAAAUAUUUCCCAAAGAGGAACCAGAACAGGUAAAACCAAAAGCUAUCAAAAAGCUUACAGCCGUCAAAAUUAGCUCUGAAACGUUCCCAAAAGAAGAAGGUAUAACUUCAGAAAAUGGCGGGAAAUUUGAAUCACGUGAUACUUCUCCAGGUGCGUGUGAUAUUGUUGAGGACGCUGGCAGUAAGACCCCUACAAAUGAAUCACAGGUAGAAAGUGGACUGAAAAGGGUUAUUACGUAUGAUGACACAUAUACAACCAGAAGUGACUUAGAUAAUUCUCAAGUGGAUCAAACGAGAGGUAGGACAGGAAGACAACUCCCAAAACGUUGUAUAAACCCAGUAAAAUUUUCCUACGGUGGAAUUAACGGUGAUUAUUCAGGGGAUUUACAACCCGUGACCAGGCAUGAAGCAGACGACAAGUCUCCAGAAACUCCCGUACACGCUCUGCAGAAAGAGUUGCUUUCCGAGAUCGUGGAAUUGGAAGAGAAUACGGGCGAUGACAACAAUGCAAAUGUGAAAAAUAACAAAAAUAAAAAGGAAAGACGACCAUGUCACAAAUCUACAUCGUCAGCUGACCGCUACCAUAACAACAGGAGUCCGGCACCGUCCCGCUCCUUCAACCGCAGCCAAAGUCUUCCCACAGGGACACUGUCCUACGGUGGAUCUCGGAUUGUGUACAAGGAUGGCCAUUUUGUUAUUGAGACAGGGUAUGACGGGACAGAGGAAAUUCCUGUCCUGAAUGGAUCACAUGACAAUGACAUUAACGUCGGGUGUGAUGUUCAGAAUGACAGAACUGAUCAGCAGAACAGGGUCAACAAUAACCCGCACAGGAAACAUCUCAAACGCAUUUCAUACUCCGAUCCGCACUUGUGUGAUGAUAACGAUGGCGAUUAUGAUGACGAUUCUGAGGAUGUAAAUAACGAUGAUGCUGAUGUGUUUCUCAGAAAUGAUGGAAACGUUACUGUGAUUGACACUGAGGACGAUGAUCAGGACGGUGAUCAGGAUGGUGAAAGUGCAAAUGUGUCUCAACAAGGUGUUCAAAAGCGGAAUAAACCCGACAAUGGCAGUAGGAUUCCUCGACCACUUUCUGUGGACGAAAAUCAGCUGACAUCUAUGCAAGAUACUGAUCCAAACUCCACAAUGAGGAAGAUCAGGAAAUCAUUGCGAGACGCAAGGGCUCGGCGAAGUAAGAGUUUCCGGGAAAUGUCGGAUCAAAUAGACGGAAAAAGUAAAUUGAAGCGAAAUUCAAGCUUCAAGGAAGCUACAGAGAAAGGAGCUGUAGAGAUGAAGUCCCGGUCAAGCAGCACAGGGGGGGAGGAGGAUGGACAGGGGCUCAGUAGAUCUGGUAGUGUCACCAGUAUGGAGCUCCGCCCUAAAAGUCCCGGAUUUUUACAGAGGCUUUUAUUCAAACGGAAAUCUUUUAAUGAAAAGAAUCUCAAAGGUGAGCAAUCUACAAGGGAAUCUUUUAUGAAGAAAAUGUCUCUGAAAGGUUUGUUCACCGGUAAAAAGGAAAAGGGAGAUUUAAGCCCAACUAAGGCAAACUCUGAUGAACCUCCCACCCCUCCCAUAGCUGCUUUUCAAGGUGAUCUUGAUAUUCAUGCAGUCAGUGAAUCUGCUCCUAAUUCUCCCUUUUCAAGUUUGAAAUUCCGUCGGAGACAUACAUCUGCUGAUCUGUUUGUGCAGAAUGCCGGCAAUAGUGCUAACAACAUGAAUGUGAGACGGACUAGUGAUAGUAUUCCGACUCGUCGGCCCAUUUUACAAUCAUCACGGACGAUAGACGACCCUGGUAAUAUUAAAUCUAUGUUAGGAAUUGAGAAUCAUCCGAGACGCCCUAUCAGUCCAAAGCCUCCUUUGAUGUCCAUUUCACGGAGAAACUCAAAUCUAAGUCUUCCGAGUUCUCCGCUUAAGGAGAGUCCUUUUGAAUUAACUAUGGAUAAUUCACCAAACAAAAUAGACACAGAUUCUAUCUCGACCUGUUCGUCGCUGACAAGUUCCAACGUAGACAGUGCUUCGCUGAUCAGUGCGACUAGUACAGUGUGUGAUACCGACGGGUUGAAAUCAUCGGUCCAACCAUCAGGGUCCGGUGGUCAAGACCUGGAGAAAUUCUCGGCCCUUGGUCAGGGCGAAAUGACGUCCAGUAACAGCAAUGACAGUGGAAUACAACGUGAUGUCAGCGUACAUUCCAGCAGUGAGUCAAUAAAGACAAACGUCCAGGACUCAAACUCUGCAGUGGUGCGUCGGAGGAAAUCCCCUUCCCCUCGACCCGAACGGCCAAAAUCUGAAAUCAGCGUGCGAUGGGCAGAUCUGGUGGAAACGACGGAAAUUUCACCCAUCAAACGGCGAGAAGGAAGUCAGCAGAGUAAACCUCGCCCCAAAUCUGACCUAGAGGAGAACUUGGAAUUGUUUGAUGAACUGUAUGGGGAGGUCCUAGAUGACCUCGAGUCUUCUUGGGAAGGUGGAAGUUCCCUCAAGUCAGAUAUGAAGCCCUUCGGGAGCCAGACAAGUCUGCUGCCCUACAACUCCCUUCAGAGUCUGGACUCUCUACGACUUAGACACGAGGCAAUGGACCCAAAGCCCAGCAAAAGAAGGAUGUCCACUCCUCAACCAAUUAAAACUCGCCUGGAAAGAACACCACGGAAACAGAGGACACGGAAAACUUCAUCCACUUUAGUUAGAUCUCAUAGUAUGCCAGAAAGUUUAGACAAACUACACAGAUGUCGGAAAAGGCAUGGUGCUUUAGGAUGUAGAAAUCUCCAUGGAGACGAAUUCCAUCACCUUGACGAUGACAGUAGUUCUGAUGAUGGCUCCGACUACUCCAUGGACCGUAUAAGUUUACAUGAGAAGAGUAUGAGUGUGCGGUCAUCACAGGCCCAACUUUCUACCCUGGAUGAGAUGCCUGAGGGUGAGAGUUUAACUUGUGCUGAGGCAUUAUGGGACCAUAUCACUAUGGAUCCCGAGGAACUUGGUUUCCAUGCCGGCGAUGUCAUCGAGGUGAUGGACAUGGGUGACAAGGACUGGUGGUGGGGUGCAAUCGAUGAGCGAGAGGGCUGGUUCCCUGCAACGUUUGUCAGAUUACGAGUAAACCAGGAACCGUAUGAAGAAGAUCUAGUUUCACAGUCCUCCGAGGUGACACAGUUAUCACCAAAGUUACGACGGGUUAGCGUCAUCAACAAGGAACAGGCUCGGGAAAAUGUCGUCAACGAAAUCAUAAGUGCUGAGCGGGAGUACGUGAAACAUCUUAAAGAUGUUGUUGAGGGAUACAUCAAGCAUGCACGGAAGAGGGCAGACAUGUUUUCAGAAGACAGGAUAAGUGUGAUAUUUGGAAAUAUAGAGGACAUUUAUAAUUUUUCCAAUCGAUUCCUGGAGUCGCUAGACUGUGCGUUUACAGCUGACAGCCCGCACUUGAGUGAAUUAGGACACUGUUUUCUCACCCAGAGUAAAGAAUUUGAGAUUUAUUCCGACUACUGCAAUAACCACCCAUCAGCCUCAGAGGAGUUGAAAGAUCUGUACCGAAAACAGAAAUACAGACAUUUCUUUGAGGCGUGUCGACUACUCCAGGAGAUGAUAGAGAUCCCUCUAGAGGGGUUCCUAUUGACCCCUGUCCAGAAGAUAUGUAAGUACCCGCUCCAACUGGCUGAACUUCUUAAGUACACACCUCCCAGUCACCCAGACUAUCGCAAUGUAGAGGGUGCUCUGGAGGCCAUGAAGAAAAUCGCAGCACUCAUCAACGAACGAAAACGCAAGAUGGAAAGCAUUGAGAAACUGGCACGGUGGCAACAGACGGUCGAGGACUGGCAGGGGCCUGAUCUACUUGAGAAGAGCUCUGAGCUGAUCACAUCAGGAGAGUUUAACAAAGUUAACUCUGGAGGCUGGUCCCAGGAACGCUAUUUCUUCUUGUUUGAUCGUCAACUCAUUUACUGUAAAAAAGACCUUUUGAAAAAGAAUGGUUUCAGUUAUAAAGGCCGAGUGGAUUUGGAUGAAUGCGAGUUGAUCGUAUUGGAGGAUGGGAAAGAUAUACAGUAUAAUGUGACUGUGAAGAAUGCGUGGAAAUUGCACGAAACUAUUCGGGAUAAGUGGUACCUCCUCUACACCAAAACUCAAACAGAGAAACAAAGAUGGAUGCGGGCUUUCCAGAAGGAGCGACAGAGAGUCAGGGAAGACCAGGAAAACAACUUUGUGCCUCUUCAUUGGAAGAAGACAGUUUUGAAUAAGCUGAGAGCAAGCAAAGAAAAGAUGCAGUCCUCACAGAACACAGUAUCUAUACACUACCAGAAGGAGUUUCUACGUGGCAUUCCAUCACAUGCCACACUGCCAAGGUCCUACGCAAAGAAACAACGGGACAAGAAGAAGAGCUGGUCUUUAUUUGGCAACAAGAAAUCAUCGAAGUGAGCAAGUAGCUGAUUGGUGCAGCACUACGUAAUGGAUGAUCUGAUUGGUGCAGCACUACAUAAUGGAUGAUCUGAUUGGUGCAUCAAGGCACCCCUUGUCCUUUGAAUGGUUUGUCCAACUCGAAAAAUCUCAGGAAUGGAAUCGUAACUCAUACAACGAUAGUAGUGACAUUAGUCACUGUGGUUAAAAUAGCAAAUAUUUUUGAAAAUAACCAUUCACAUGUUUGAACAGUUUCUUCCUGAUUCUUGGAUCAUUGUUCUCAAAGCAAUGAGAGGACAGACAUUUUCUUGCUUCAUUUCAAACAAACAUGACCAAUAGAAAAUGUACCAGUGCCAAGAGUUGUUGACCUUCUGGUUGUUCAUGGAUAAACGGUGAGAGUUAAGGGCACAACCUGUCUCUAGAUGUUUUACUUAUCACCAUAUACAAAUUUAACCUACCGAUAAUGAACUUGACCAUUGACUGGACACGAACCUAGUGCUGAUACUGGCCUGCUAUGGUUGUUAUUGUCCUUGUGUACAUAUCAGGAUGAGUGUUUCAACUCCCUGACAUCAUAGACCAGUAACUCAGACUAUCAGCAUACAUGGAUCCUAAAAAAAAAAAACUGGACUGGAUAACAGGAGACUUUCAAUCCAGAGGAGAUAACCCAGUGUUUCCCGUCAUGUUGGCUAUCAGUUAAUUUCUGAUAUAUGAAAGACUCCCAAGGAUCCUUCACAAUGUCUGCUGACGGAUAGGCUACAAUCAAAGGGAGAUUACCAGCUGAUGUGGACUUGCAUGUAUUUUUCAUAGUGUUAGCUGACAAGAGAGCUACAAUCAAAGGGAGAUCACCAUGUGUCAUCGAUUGAAAGUCUGCAAUCCAAAUGCUAAAGAGAACAGUUUCACUUGUCAUAAUAAAACGUUAACUUAUUAACCAUUGGUUAUUCAAUACUAUCACAGUGCAGCUUUCUCACAAUGAGAAUUAGGAGCAAGGUAACAAACACUGUAUAAGGACAGACAAUUCUCAAUGGAUGUGUGGACAGAUUGAUUCUGAAACGAUCUAGAGAAGCUAGACUACACUUCCCAAAGUUUAUUGACCGUGUAUUACCAAAACAGAUUGUGGACAGAUUAUUCACCAGUAAUGUAUGGACACAUUAUCUCCUAGCAGGAAAUAUACUUACCUAAUUUCAGGUAAUAUCGGUCCUUGAAAAUGACUUUUCGUUAUGGAAUGAUUAAAGCAUUACAUUUGCAGGAUGAUAUGGAUGCUGUACAAUGUAUUUGCUGAAUUGACAAAAAACCUGGAUGACAUGUGAAAAUAUGUUGACAGUUGUCAAUAAAUGUGUCUGCCAUGUUUCUUACAUACACAAAGAUAUGCAGGUCAUAUCUAAUACAACAUACAAACAUGGAGGCAACCAUAAUAUUUCAUUUCGAUUUGGACCAAUAUUUAUACAUACAUGAACAGUCAUGGUCAUAUUUGAAUAUUCAUGUGUUUUCAAUUUGAAUAUUCCUCAUAUUUAUUUUCCAAUUCUUGGGUAUAUAUAUAGCCAGGUUUAUGCAUAAUUAUGUUCAUCAAAGUCUUAGCUCCAUCUUUACAAGUAUUCAUAUGAUUGAAUAGAUCUGAUAGAGAUUAACAAUCAUAUUAAGCCUACUAGUGGAUGCAAUUUCACCAACAUAACAGAGUCUGUGAUUGGUUAGAUGCAACAGAGUCUGUGAUUGGUUAGAUACAACAGAGUCUGGGAUUGGUUAGAUUGAGAUUGAUCUCAUUUAGAUAAUAGUUCAUAUGACUUCAAUGUUAUUUAAACAGCAGUAUUCAAUUAUCUAUAUAAUUUAAAUCUCUUGUUACAAUCUGUGUGUAAGGUUUGUAAAAUGUGGAGUUUCAUUUAUGGUAAAAUAUUAGACUGAUUUUAACUCCUCUUGCAAGGAGGCAAUAUGAAACUUGAAAAUGAACAAUUCAAAAAAUUACCAUAGAGCUUUCUAGAUGGACUAGUUGCAUGAAACAGUUACUUGUAUGUGAAGUUUGAGUCAUAGUUGAUGUAUGUAUCUAUAAAUAUGUGGGAGACCAUUGAAUGGCGUCUUUGUCACUUAACAAUGUUUCAAUAACAGCUACAUGUAUAUUCAUGAAACAAACAUGGUUGACAUAUAUAUAUACAAUGUAUAUACAUAUAAAUAUGUUUGAAACAAAAUCGUACUGAUCAAGCUCAUAUGUAAAUUUGCUGAAAUCAGUUUUUUGUUCAUAAAAGGAAAUGUGAAAAAAUGAAUUUCAUAAAAAAUUUAGUAUACAUUACCUUUGACCCAGAGACCAAAUUAAUUUCUGAUAAGAUGAGAGGUCAAACUGGAGUUAAUGUUAUUAUCUCAAGUUGUUCAUUCAGAUAUUGUUACUUGCAGGUAGCUACACCUGUAGGUCGAUAUUUUUGUUGGUUGUACAAAAUAUUGUUAAAGAUGAAUACCCGCUGGUUUCUGUAUUUUUAUCAUCAUGUUUUCCAUGUCGUAAUUUCAUUACAAAUAACUACAUACUAACAAGUAUAAUACAUGGCAUUACAUCACUGCUAUUUGAUACCCAUCAGAAUCGUUCUUGGUGGCUAGUAAGCUUAAUGGGGUCGCACUGUUACUUUUGGUUUACAUAUAUACUUUUAAAUAAAGGGGUUGUAGGUCUUAUCUAAGCUCCAACAUGUACAGUCAAAGCAGAAGAUAUGUACAAUAACACAACAAUAAUGAACUGCUUAAAAACAGAUGUUUUUUGACCAAGUGUUAGAUUUUAAAUGAUAAAUAUCAUGAGCCUAGCCUGUCUCCUAGAGGUUUUUUUAUUAUUAUAGCUCUGGGUGUGUUAAUGAAAGAAAUUUCAGAUCUUUUCAAAACUGAAAAUAACCUUAAUUUUAAUAUGUAGUUUAAAAAAUUGUGAAGUAUUGGCAGAAAACAGGCGGAAUUGAUCUAUGAAAAUAUUAGCUACCUUUGGUGGAAUUAAUUAGUUUUGAAGUAGAUUUUCAAAGAGGUCUAUUUGAGAUUAGGUAACACAUCAGUUUCAUAUCCUGUGCUAUCAAACAAAUUACCAUACUGAAUCAGACAAGAUACACAUUGGUGCUAGUGUAUUAAGGGUUAACUGGUAGAAUCAGAGGGAAUUCAUGUAAAAAACUUGACAAAGUGCUGAUUUUAAAUAUUCAUGAAUAAAUAUAUUUGUUAUUGUAUUGUUUUGAUAUGCAUGAAUAUCUUCUAUCCAAGUAUUGCUAGAUUUGUUUAUACAUGACAUUGCUAAAUUAUCAUAGUACUCCAGCUGUUUAUGGUACAUUGUAUGUGUGUUGUGUUUUAACUAUUUACAAGCUUCCAAUUGCUGUAAUACUUCCCUGUCCACUAAUGUAGUACUGUUUACCGUAAUGUGUGUAUAAUUCUAUUUCUUUAUUCCAUUCCAUACAAGGUGGGCAUAUAUUUCUUGCACAAAUUUCUAUGAGCUUGUGAAAGUUUCGCUUUCCUGAUCUAAAUUAAAUACUAAUUAGUUCAGAUUUGUUCUCAAACCAUUACUAUUUGAUUUCAUUUGCUGUCAAUGAUUUGGUAAAAAUCUUUUGUUUCCUUGAAAAAAAUAGUUUCUAUAAAAUGUUCCUCCAGUUUGUAAAUUGUAUGUUGCAACAAUAAUUUAGCUUUGUAUGUCAAAGUUCAAGAAAAACUGCACGCUUCUCAUUUUUCAACAUUAAUUUCUUAGGAUUCACUUCAGAAACAUUUUGAGUCGGUAAAUGUGCAUUGCAUCCUUUGUUUCAACUUUCAUUUCGCCUUUGUCCCAGUUUUUAGCACUAGUACUUUGAUUGGUCAUUCAAAAUAAGCAUGUUAUCAUUUUGAUCAUGUUCUAGAUACAUAUAUGUAGUUGUUGCAAAUGUAUAUUGCACAGCUGCAAAUAUUGCUUUUUAAAUUUGCACCAUUCAUUGUUUCAUCGCUUCUGGGCACUUUCGUGUAUUGAUUUUACAAAGUUGAAGAAAUAUUGGCAUGAAUGUACAACACAAAUUACGAUCAUUAUUUUUUUUCAUUUUAAUGUUAUCGGUUUUUCAAACAUCACUAAAUAGUUUUUAUGAUUUAACUGAUUAACUUUUGUUAAAAUUUCAAAGGAAAGUGUGUGAAAAGUUAUAACUUUCAAGCUGCAUUGGAAAUUCAUUGCAAACAAUUUAUGUUCAAUUUUGAUGAUUUAUCUCCCUUUGUAGACCAAGUUGAACCUCUUUAUUGAUAUCAUCGUUAUAUUCCCUGCACCCCCAAAAUGUAUUCAUUGUAUGUGCAUAUAAACAUUUAUUAAGAGUGAAAUGAUUAGAGUCUCUGCUGAUUCAGUUUUGUUUGUCAGUUUUUGAUAUUGUGGACAAAAUUUCCAAACACAUUUAACAAGUCCGACUGAAUUCUACAUAAUUCUGAAAAACAAGAAGCGAAGAUUGCAUUUAAAAAAAAUAGAAAUCAUAUCUCUUUUACGACCAAUAACAAUAAUUGGUCAAUGCCUUCCAUAUAUUAUUGUGGAUGUCAUACACUAAGUUGUACUAGUCAUGAUCUUAUAGAACUUCAAUUUUAAUGAAACUUUUUUAAUACAUUCGUGUGUGAUUUUGGGAUAAAAUGUGUUAUAUUUCAUUACAAUUUCAAUUUCAAAAACUGAGAAACAUAAAUUAGUGAGCUCUUUAUCUGUUGUACUUACAUUUGUAUUUGUUGAACAUAUUAUGCAUAUAUUAUAUGCGUUUUCUACAUAUUUCCGUCUCCUCCUCCUCAUUCUAUUGUCGUAAUAGAGUCUGUUCCUUUAUCUUUUCCCAUCGAUCAAUCUUUGUAUUUUUAGAAGUCCCACUAGUUCGCAUGUCCCUUCUCCUCUCUGUUUGCAGAUUUGGACUUGUCCUCGUAUUGUUUCUGACAAGUCUAACAUAUUUUAAGGGAGGACAGGAAUACUAGUCAAGUGUUUAAUGAUGGAUAUUGUUGUAUCUUAUAACGAUUAAAAAAUACACUCGUAUGUGUGUGUAUAUUUAAUUACUUGAUAUGUAUAUACAUUGUAUUUAAGUAGAUUGUAAAUAUAGGUCAAGAUGUACAUAUUUCGUCCGUUUCAGUGCUAGAUGUAAAUCAAAACUAGGUCACGGUUACUUAGUCUACAAACUGUUUUAGUCUCAUCUACCAACAUUAAUAUAUCAAAGCUCAGUAGAGCUGGUGGUUUAUUCAAAACCUGCCAUUUCAAAGGCAGGAAGAAAGAAAAUACAAUAAUAAUAAAAAAUACAAAACUUA